AUGAACAAAAAGGAGCCUGAAAAACCUAUUUUUAAUCAAGCAGCGGCUAAAGCAUUAACCCCGGUAAGAAUUAGUAAAAUAUAUGAUAUUUUAGUAAAUAAAUUAAGUAUAAGACCAAUUAAUGUUUUUGCAGUACAAUGUUUAAAUACAAUGGGUUUCUGUUUUCUAUGUGAUAAAAAAUUGCACGGUGUACGUAAACAGGUGUGUUCAAGCAUUACACAACAUAGUAAUAUACCAUACCCAGAAAAAAUUGCUGAGCUUAUGGGAGAUGAAUUUUUGAUUAUUGUAACUUCUGCUGAUCAUAUGUGCAAGAACUGUACCUCACUUUUGACUCAUAUGGACAAGUUGGAAAAUGAUCUGAAACUUGUUAAAAAUGCAAUGUUGUCAUAUAUACAAAAUAAAUAUGGAAUAUUGCCUCCUGAUCAGGCUGUUAAGGGUGUUGAGAUUGUCAAUGGACACAUAAUUAAGGCAGAGGAUCAACUAGAAAAAGUUCAGUGCGACAUACCUACUGGUCUGACAGUAGGAGUCUCCUCUACUGUAACUACUGCAGCUGUAGUUACUUCGGUUCAAACUCCAUUAAAGUUAUUAAAAACACAACAUCAGCAGCAACACCAACCACAUCAACAACAAAAACAAUUACCAACACAACAAGAAAGCACUAAAAAAAUGAAAAUAUACAAGUGCGGCAUUUGUACAUUCAAAUCGAAAGAGCUUGGUCAUGUUCAAUUCCACAUGCGCUCUCAUACGAACAAAAAGGAGUCUGAAAAACCUAUUCUUAAUCAAAAAGCGGCUAAAGCUAUAACUCCGGCACCACAACCGAAGAAACGACUCUUCAGAUGUCAAAUAUGUUCGAAAUGCUUUUUUAGUCGAAUUAUUUGCCUUGAUCACAUUCAUGAAGACCAUAAUCAACCAACCCAAUCAACCUCAAAUGGAGAAAGAGAAACGGUAGAUUCUUGUCUGGAGUCUCCUGUGGACGAAGAUAACAAUCAACAGAAUCACAAUAAAGGCACUGUCGACACGUAUAUGAUGUUGAAUGACAAUGUCAUCACCAAAGAAUCUGCAUAUAUUGAGCAAGAAAUCACCAAAGAAGAAGAUGAUGAAGAAGAUACAGGUAUGCCUGAACAGGAAGAAGCUGAACAAGAAACUCCAGACAGUGUUGAGAAUAAAGUUGAUGAAGACAACGCAAAUGUCGAAAACAAAAUGGGAGACUUGGACAUAGAAUCAAUGUUAACCACAAUCUAUAAUGAUAAGUAACAUAGGUAACACAAAAAAAAUAAUUAAAAAAUCUAAACCCCCCCAAAAAAUUUAGUAACUAGGUUAA